UCCUUGAACUUUGACCCUUAAAAAUAACCUUCAUCAGUGUACAUGCUGUACAUGUGUGAAAACAGGAGUCUCACACUGUCUGAAGGACCUGUAUAAUACCUCAAAAUGGCCAAAUAUCUUGCACAGAUCAUUGUGAUGGGCGCACAGGUGGUUGGACGUGCAUUUGCUCGUGCUUUACAGCAAGAAUUUGCAGCCAGUCAAGCAGCGGCGAAGGCCAGGAGCCGCGCAGGUCAGCAGUCUGCUGCAGCCUCAAGCAUCACUGGAAUGAGCCUGCAAGAGGCGCAGCAAAUCCUCAACGUCACCACACUCACACCUGAAGAGAUUCAAAAGAACUACGAGCACCUUUUUAAAGUCAACGACAAGGCAGUGGGCGGUUCAUUUUACCUCCAAUCAAAAGUGGUGCGGGCGAAAGAGCGUCUAGAGGAGGAACUGAGUAUUCAGACGCAACAACAAAAGCAGCAAUCACAGCAGAAUACAGAAACAUGAAUGAUGAAUACAUGCUCGUCCUGUCUUUCCUCUCCCCGUCCUCUGUAAAUUAUAGCCCAAAAAAGCCUUCUUCUUUUCUCUA